GCUCGAAAUAACGCAAUUUAUGGCCGUCAAUCAAUCAAUUUCUGUGACCCAAGACCAACUGACAAAAUGUCCCCGCAAGUCCAAGAUAAGAACUCGGAAACAAUUAAAGUGGGAGAUCAUGUGUGGACUCCCUUUCGAGGCGGCAAGCGCGAAGGUGAAGUGGAAAGAGUGGAUGUGACGGAACAAGAUGCUCAGCAAGCAGGAGUAAAGAAUCCACCAAAGGUUACAUUCAGUGAUCAGCACGGACAUAAGGUCUCGCACAAUCCCGAAACUUUGCAACACACGAAGUAGCAUCAGAAAAGACUACAUGGAAUAGUAGCCGUUCCAUCUUUAGCAAUCAGCAUGAAUAGACCACGGUUGCCCUGCGCUGUUGGGCCUGCGACCCACGCGGUGAAGUUGUCGACGAAGGGUAUCGCACCUCCAUAGCAGUCUAUCUUCCGCUGUAUAAGGUCAGCAUUGAAGAAUAGGAAUGGAACCAGGGAUAGAGGGGAGCCUUGUGGCUGGCCGACUUGAGGCAGACUCCGGGACUCUAACGUUUGACCGUUGCCUGAAUCGUCGCCGUCCAACUCGACGCUGUUUCAUCCGCAGGUAACGUCCCUCACCCACUUAUGGGCCGCUCCCAUUUGGGCCAAGUAUUCCCUUAGUAAAUGCCAAUUUCCACCCACCCAGAUCUCUACAACAACAGUGUAAAUAACCUGUAAAACAAUAAACUAUUCUCAAUAGU